AGAGCCUCUCCGCGCAGCCCAGCCCGAGCGCCGCGCGCCGCCGCCACUGCAGCUCUCGGCCCCUUCGCCUCCGCCUGCCUUUCCCGCUGCCGAUUUGCCUUAAACUCCCUAAAAUCUCCGCAGCCCCGGUUCCUGCUGCGGCCGGUCUCUAAUUAAUAGAAGAUGGCAAAGCCCAGCCACAGCAGCUACGUCCUGCAGCAGCUAAACAACCAAAGGGAAUGGGGUUUUCUCUGUGACUGUUGUAUUGCAAUUGAUGACAUUUACUUUCAAGCACACAAAGCAGUUCUAGCUGCUUGUAGCUCCUAUUUUAGAAUGUUUUUCAUGAACCAUCAGCACAGUACUGCACAACUGAAUCUCAGCAACAUGAAAAUUAGUGCUGAGUGUUUUGAUCUCAUUUUGCAGUUCAUGUAUUUAGGAAAAAUUAUGACAGCUCCUUCCAGUUUUGAACAGUUUAAAGUGGCAAUGAACUACCUACAGCUGUACAAUGUUCCUGACUGCUUAGAAGACAUACAGGAUGCAGAUUGUUCUAGUUCAAAAUGUUCAUCUUCUGCUUCUAGCAAACAGAACAGCAAAAUGAUAUUUGGGGUGAGAAUGUAUGAAGACACUGUGGCUAGAAAUGGCAGUGAAGCUAAUAGGUGGUGUGCAGAGCCAAGUUCAACAGUGAAUACACCACAUAAUAGAGAGCCUGAUGAAGAGUCGUUGCAAUUAGGUAAUUUUCCUGAGCCAUUAUUUGAUGUAUGUAAAAAGAGUUCUGUGUCCAAAUUAUCUACUCCAAAAGAACGUGUAUCACGACGCUUUGGACGGAGUUUUACCUGUGAUAGCUGUGGAUUUGGCUUUAGCUGUGAAAAAUUAUUAGAUGAGCAUGUGCUAACCUGUACUAACAGACAUUCAUACCAAAACACAAGAUCCUAUCAUAGAUUAGUGGAUAUUAGAGAUGGAAAAGACAGUAAUAUCAAAGCUGAAUUUGGUGAAAAGGAUUCUUCUAAAACCUUUUCUGCACAGACAGACAAAUACAGAGGAGACACAAGCCAGGCUGCUGAUGACUCAGCUUCAACCACUGGAAGCAGAAAAAGUAGCACAGUGGAGUCUGAACUAGCCAGUGAAGAAAAGAGCAGAGCCGCUGAGAGGAAAAGAAUCAUCAUUAAGAUGGAACCAGAGGAUAUUCCUACAGAUGAACUGAAAGACUUUAACAUUAUUAAAGUUACUGAUAAAGACUGUAAUGAGUCCACUGACAAUGAUGAGUUAGAAGACGAAGCUGAAGAGCCAUUUUAUAGAUAUUAUGUUGAAGAAGAUGUCAGUAUUAAAAAAAGUGGGAGGAAAACUCUAAAACCUCGGAUGUCAAUAAAUGCUGAUGAAAGAGGUGGUUUAGAAAAUAUGAGGCCCCCGAACAAUAGCAGUCCUGUACAAGAGGAUACUGAAAAUGCUUCUUGUGAGCUGUGUGGGCUCACAAUAACUGAGGAGGACCUGUCAUCUCAUUACUUGGCCAAACACAUCGAAAAUAUCUGUGCAUGUGGCAAAUGUGGACAAAUACUUGUGAAGGGUAGACAGCUUCAGGAGCAUGCCCAGAGAUGCGGAGAGCCCCAAGAUCUAACAAUGAACGGGUUAGGAAAUGCCGAGGAGAAGAUGGAUAUGGAAGAGAAUCCUGAUGAACAGUCAGAAAUAAGGGAUAUGUUUGUUGAAAUGUUGGAUGAUUUUAGAGACAAUCAUUUCCAGAUAAACAGUAUCCAAAAGAAGCAGUUAUUUAAACAUUCUGCCUGUCCUUUUCGAUGUCCUAAUUGUGGCCAGCGAUUUGAAACUGAAAAUCUAGUGGUUGAACAUAUGUCUAGCUGCCUAGACCAAGAUGUGUUUAAGAGUGCCAUCAUGGAAGAGAAUGAAAGAGAUCACAGACGAAAGCAUUUUUGUAACCUGUGUGGGAAAGGAUUUUAUCAGCGGUGUCACUUAAGAGAACACUAUACUGUUCAUACCAAGGAAAAACAGUUUGUUUGUCAGACAUGUGGGAAGCAGUUUUUAAGAGAACGUCAGUUGCGCCUGCACAAUGACAUGCACAAAGGCAUGGCCAGGUAUGUCUGUUCCAUUUGUGAUCAAGGCAACUUCAGAAAACAUGACCAUGUACGGCAUAUGAUUUCUCAUUUAUCUGCUGGUGAGACUAUAUGCCAGGUCUGCUUUCAGAUAUUUCCAAAUAAUGAACAGUUGGAGCAGCACAUGGAUAUUCAUCUGUAUACAUGUGGAAUAUGUGGAGCAAAAUUUAACUUGAGGAAAGAUAUGAGAUCACAUUAUAAUGCCAAGCAUUUGAAAAGAACAUAAGUGAUUUUCUACUGUAAAAAGUUUAGCUGA